GCGUUGCUGAUGAAAUUAAAACCUACAUUAAGGAGAAUUUAGCAUAUUCAGCACCUGAGUUGUAUAAACAAAUCGUUCUUGAAAAGAUAAAUGGCUAUGAAUUCUUCACUAUUGAUCAAGCAUAUUAUUGGUGGGCAUAUCAUGCUGUUACAAAAUAUAAAAGAGCAAAUCAUCAACUUCAGUCAGCAAAACUGUUAUUAAAUGAAAAAAAUUACAAAAUUAUUUUAGAAGUAGAUAAUCCGAUAGAAGCAUUUGCAUUCGUAACACCAUUUAUUACUGAUUUGCCUAAAAUAGCUUUUGAAAUUUUA